UUCAGGUGAUCUCUAGCAUGCAAAUAUAUUAUUGAUUACGUUUGUUCGGUUUAAUACUCGCCUCUACUUGACCUGACUGAUAAUGUGAAGAUACGUGAGGAUUUUUACUUAUUUCGUGUGCGACGGAAUGCUGUCAGUGGUCGCCUCUUGUCUUGUGUUCUUUCAAUAACAGGAGGCAAGAGUAAAGGGUCUAGUUAAAGAUUGUGAUAAUCUACCCCCAACACAUAACAUCACCUUAUCUCGGCCAGUCUCCAUCUUUGUGACCUGUGACCUUUCCUUGACCUUGGGUGUCCUCAAGACUCGCGUGUCGUGGCCUGACCUGUGGACUGUGCUGUUGUCUUCUUGCCUCUGGUCGGAGGUGGUGGUGGCAACAACUGAAGUGUGUGUGCGUGCGUGAGGAGGGAAGGAGGUAGUGCAGAGCGCGCGUGCGUCGACUACCUGAGCACGAUGGCCGAGCCGCCUCCUUGGCAAAGCCAGACGCCAGUACCGACACACCCCUCACUACAACAUGAGACCACGCCUCCUUCACGCCCUCCACUGACCGCACACGCCGCCCAACAAGAACCCACGCCCCUGCCUGCCACGCCUGGUGAAGGAAACACGCCCGCGCACGCCGCUCCUGUCUGCGACGGACAGACGAAACCUGGGGAAUUGAGGGAAGUGAACGGCUGUGAGGAGGAAAUUGAACAGCCCGACGACUCCCCUCUCUACCUAGACAUGGAUGCGUGCUUCAAGGCCUUCGACAAGGACGAGGACGGGUUCCUCAGCCAGAAUGAGUUCUCGGCCUUGUGUCGUGCGCUGUUCAGGAACGAGCGUGGCAAACCUUACCCCGUCGAGUCUUGCAUGUUGAAAACUAUCUUCACCAUCUUUGACACUAACAAGGACCACGUGAUUGACAAGGAGGAGUUUCGAUUCUGUUGGCAGAAAUGGAUAAAACAGGUAGUAAGACCCGUGACAGCGCUGUUGGUGGUGGACGUACAGAAUGACUUCAUCUCAGGCUCCCUGGCCAUCAGUAACUGUCCAGCCGGCCAUAAUGGGGAGGAGGUGAUCCCGCCCAUCAACCGCCUGCUGCAGGAGAACAGGUUCGACAUGGUGGUAUACUCCCUGGACUGGCACCCGGAAAACCACGUCUCCUUCAUUGACAACGUCCAUGAACGACUUCUACAUGACACCUGCAAAAUCGCUAGUGACGACGCCGAAGUGUAUGACACAGUCAUCUUCGAUGUACACGAGGAUGGGAAACCCAUGGAGCAGAAGUUGUGGCCCCGGCACUGUGUCCAGAACACCUGGGGCGCCGAGCUACACCAGGACCUUAAGAUUGCCGAAGAUGCCGUCCAAGUAUACAAAGGGACAGAUCCAGACACUGACUCCUACAGUGCUUUCUGGGAUAACAACAAGAAAGCACACACCUCCCUGAAUGAGGAGCUGCAGAAGAAAAAUGUCACAGAUUUGUUCAUCUGUGGCAUUGCUUACGAUGUAUGCGUUGCGGCAACAACAAGACACGCCAUUGAAGAAGGUUACCGGACGAUAUUAGUGGAUGAUGCGUCCAGAGGGGUGUGUGAGAAGGACAUCCAGGAUACCAAAGAUCACACCAUAGCUAACUAUGGCCUUGUCAUUCACUCAUCCCAGGUAAAGAGUUUGGCCACGGGGCGUGACAGACCUCCAGUGCUGGCAUACAGACUGGCACUUGAGCUCUCCAAGAAAAUGAAGAAGUAAAACACAAUAAUACAAAAGUGAAGGAAGGAGAAAAGCAAGAUUGAAGGACAGAAAAAUUAAAUACAAUAUACAAAUGAAAAAGAGUCAAUAGUUGGUUAAGUGAUAAGAUAGGAAGUAAAGAAGAUACCAUUUGUGGGGUGCGUUGUAAAUCACAGAGUAUCUGUACUAAAUAAUAUAUCAUUUUGGAAAUAUGUUAAGUAUGUAGAGAAUUAAACAGAGAUGGAAGAACAUAGAUUAUGCUUGAAUUAUGAUACAGUACUGAUAGGUAAAUAAUGAAGGAAGAAUAUGAACAUGAAUGAAAACUACAUAGACAGUAUAAUAAUGCUAUGCAAAACUAAUAAUUUAGGACUUUAGUAGAACAGACAUAAAUAUAAGAUAGAUCAAAUGACUUAGAGAUUUACAAAACCGGGCCUACUGCAUACUAAGUGAAAGGAAGUGUUUAGCCUACCGUGACUCACAGCUUGCUUACUGCAUCUUGAGGUCCCCGGCCAUCACUCGCCAUUCUUCUUGCCUCUGGAAUCAACCUGCCACAACAUCAUAUACCAUCUUGGGUCAGUGUAUAGAGCACAGGUCUCAUAAACCAGAGGUCAUAUGUGAACGUAAACCUCACUGGGGGUACAAUGUUGACAUUUAUUAUAAAUCUUGUAUGUAAGUUAGGUUAGGAUCAGGUCAUAGAUAUAAAUACAGAAGAUGGAUGAAUUUGUAUACUGCUUACUGUACUGUCUCUGGGCUAAGUUGACCUUGUCCUUGUUUUAUUGCUGUGGACACAUUAUAUUCACACAGUCCUUACAGAUGGUCAGCAAAACAAGAUGCUCCCGGGAGUUCACACAAUGUUAGCACAUAACAGAUAUUCAAGAAGAUGAAAGAACACAGUGCAGUACAGUUCUGUUCUUCAUUAUAUGCUAUAGUACAGUAUACAGUUCUGUAUUAUGAAAGUAAAACUCAACAAAAAGUCAUAAGAGUUGUGUGAAGAACAAAAAACUCACUUGGAUAUGAACUACAUUCUACUGUUGAAACAUUAUAUCAUAGAGAAAUUAAUUCAGUUAAAUUCAUUAAAAAAAAUCAGAGAUAUUAUUUGAAAUUCACACUUAGUCAUGCCUAUCAAAAAUUAAAUGAUGGGGGUAUGCAUAAUUUCUAGCAAAAAGAGAUCAACCAUCCAGUGACAACCUGAUGCUGCCUACAAAGAAAGCAUAAGUAGCAAGUCACUAACAUCAUAGAAGUGUGCAAACCUGACCAGGUGUAAUUCUUCACCACAGAUAGUGCUGGCUGUUUGGCCAAGUGGUAUAGCAUAGAUUUCAUCUAUCCAUCUGCCUACCGGUACCUGUCUGAAUUAUCUAACCUUACCUAACUAGACCUAACCCAAUCUAACCUAAUUACCUAAACUAACCGAAAUUGAGCUAACAAAACCUAUCUAUCUUCUCUCCAAUUAUUCUCUAUUUUGUCAAUCCACUACUUUCUCAUCUCAUCUUCUUUCCUUGCCUAUCACCUCACUCAUGUAAAAUUCAGUAAGACUAGUAUUUCAUUGACUCCAGUAUUCAUCUUCAUGUAGACUCAUACUACAAAACAAGAACUAAGUCUAGGGCAGUCAACAUCAGCAAGAAGGUUGGGGUCAACAGGAGUUAUUUCUUUAUCAUUUGUUGACAUUCUAAAUGAUUUUUAAACUCAAUAAAUCACAAUACUUAGUGUAUACUAUUAUGUACAUCAGACUGAUGGUAGAUAUCUGAAAUGUGUUCAGGGUUCAAGUCAGUGAAGUGAAGGAGAGGUCCUGAACACCCAGCUGUGACAGUGCUGAUGUUGUAUUACUGUAUUAUACAGUGAUUGCAACACUCAUGAGUAGGAGCUUGAGGUAGAGUUAUUCAUUCACAUACACACUGUACAGUAUAUGAGGGAGUUAAUAAGACUCGGGUAGAAGCUACAGUAGGUAAUUUUCAUAGAGCAAAAAUUUAACUUGCUGAAGGCUAAAGAUAGAAGCUAAAAUAUUCAUCAUUUCCAUAUACAAAAGAAGGAACCUUCUUAAAUCCUAGGUGAAGUGUAGCUCACAUUAUUCAUUAAGGUUCACUUCAGGGGCAAAUCCAGCUUUUCAUUUAGGGGGGUUGCAGGGUCAUAAAAUGAAAAGAAUAUUGCAGGGAAGCAAUGCAAGUAGUGAAUUAUCAUCUACAUAAUUACAGGUAAUUAAAACUGUAAAGAUUUUCACACUUUGUACUUUGGAGCUCAUUUUGUAUAACCCAUCUCAAGGAGGUGGUCACCUUCCAUUCAAUGUUAAUCAGUCACUCAUUCAUCUCCCAGCUUACCCCUCUAAAUCCUCCAGUAAUGUUAGUGGAAUCAGACUUAUGCCAUUUGCCCUAAAUGACUCAAACACCAAUUCAUGAUUUAUAUCAUUCAUCAUAAAGACAUUAAAGACUGGACAGAACAUUGCAGCAAGUUAUCAAUGAUAAAUAUAACAACAAAUGCGGUUCAUUCCAGCCGCCUUAGCUGUCUGUCCUCGUAAAGAGAUGUACAGGGAGUUUACAAGUCCCUUGGUUUUUGUAGUUAUAAAGCUCCUUGAGGAAGUUACAUUCAAAACUUAUACAGUUUGCCCUCCAGUGUUUUCUUCACAUAGUUAUAUUCUUCCCCAUGCACUGUACAAUAGUGACUCAGAUUUGAAGGAGAAAGUGUUAAUUUUAUAAUGGCUGUUUGUGAUGUGUUCUUUACAGUUUCUGCUGCAAGUCUGAGGAAAAUAUCAUAGUACUGUACGUGGUAAAGAAAAUAACUAUGUACAGAAAAUGAUGGUGUGUGCGCCAGUGCUUCGGUUCUUUAAAUUCCUUAAUACACAGUAAGCACAAACAUCAAGGGACUUGGUAUACACUUUGUACUGUACUGUUAAUUAUCUGUGGUAAAGUUUAUAGUCAAGUACUGUAUCAUAAUGUUCUCACUGUUUAACAUUGGGACAUGUACAGUAUUAGUGUCCAUGUCCAAUAUAUUAUUAUUAUUUCCCGAGUGUAUAUUUUAUCUUAUAACUAACAGUUGUACAGUACAUGUGCAUGAUGAAAUUUAAAUAAUCACUUACCUUUAGUAAUUUACUUUCUCUUGAUCAUUUUUAUCAUUAAGAUCUGUAUACUUGUUCCAGCAGUGCAGUUUCCUACUGAGUACUGUGGGUUUGUUGCACUAAAUGAUAAUAUGGCAGAAUACUGAAAAUAAGCAGACUGUGACCAAUUUCAUAUUUUUCUUGCUGUUGUCUCAUGAACACUUAAGCAACAAGAUGGGUGUGACUAAAAUUUAAACCAGUUGAUGAAACAAUACCGUAGUAGUUGUGUUCAGUGCGUCAUGCAAGAUACAAUCAGACAUGAAAGAGUAUGUUCAAUAUCCGUCCCAGUAACUUGUAACUGUGGUGUGAUAUCAGGGAACAGAGAAGCUCAAAUAUAAAACAUUUUCAGACACAAUUCAAUCAGCUAGCUUAACCAGAACUGUCUCGGUGUCAUAUCCUAGAAUCAGCCCAUUUAAAUGGAACUGUAUUGUAUAAUUAAUAAAUAAAUACAUACUGUACAACAUGCAUUGAUAACAGAGCAACCAUCCCUGACUACUUCACAACUUUUACAAGAUUAAAAUCAUGUUUGACUGUUUCUUGUGCCCUGGUACAUGGAACACAUUACCUAAAGUUGUCAUAAGAUGUGUGGUAAACAUCAUUCUUGUUACCUAAUAAAAUUUUGUUGCUCCUUGGUUGAUGUUUUGGUUGGUCUUCAUUUUAUUAUUGUGGAUUGUUAAAAAGGUUGUCAAAUUUACUAUAAUAUUCUGGAUUUUGUUUGUGUGUGCUUUUGAGAUUGUUUUUAUGGGUUGUCAAUAUCUCCUUUAGUGAUUUGGUGUACUAUGUAUUUCCUAAUAAAAAUAUAAUUAUAAAGGAUAAGCCGUGCCUUACAUCAUGACUCAACAAAGGUGAUGAAGUGCUAAGCCCCUCAAGUCUUGAGUCCCUCACCUCAAUGAUGGCUGAGCUGUCUUCUGUAUUUAGCCAAACAGGGUCUAGGAGAGGUGCCCUUACUCUUACUGUAUACAUCUUAUCAUAACUAGCAGUGCUGAUAAUGUGCUGAUUCUGUAUUGUAUUACUUUCAUUAUGUACAGUCACUCCAAAAGGCAUCUUUACAGAGGGGUCCGAUGAAUUUCAAAAUGAACACUGCGGCUCCUGUUGUCUCGGUAGGGUUGUCAAAAUCCUUCGUCACGGAAAUACAUAGACACCUUUUGGAGUGACUGUACCUGCAAGAAUUCAGUAUCUCUUCUGUAUUAAGUACAAUAUUGUUCUUGAGUGUUAUAUGUCAAAUUAUUUUUUAAUGUAUUUAUGGUAAAAAACUCAAUGGUACUCUUACAUAUAUAUUAAGUUUUUGAAAUACAUUGAUGGUGUGUGUUGUCAUCAGUGAUGUAUUGAACAUGUUACUAAAGAACUAUCAUUCAUUCCAUUAUGUGUUCACCAGAUUUUUCCAUCAACAAGUUCAUUGUCAUGGAUUUUUUCAUGUUAUGUGUUCUUAGUCUUGUAUAUUUAUUGGUAUAUACUGUACAGUACUGUAAUGUGAGACCAUGAUACAUAAAUUUGUAGUGAGUAAUUCCCAGCACAACCGGUCAGUAAGCUGACAGGUGGAGAGCAGGAGGAAGUAACCUGAUCACCCAUCAAAGGAACUUAAGGUUGUAAAUUGUCAGAAGUUCACCUUUAGUGGAACCAUAAACAACAUGUAUUGAAGGCUCAUCUUUAGUAUCUAUAAAAUUAAUUCUGUUUGAGGAACAUUUAUUAAGUGGAACCACAAGUUUAAAUCUUUUAGAGGUUUCUAUAUUAAGAGAAACAUAAUGUUCUUUAUACAUUACCAUGCAGUGCACCAUUCCUAUGUUAUUAUAAGAUGUAGCUCAACACUGAUAAAGUACAUAUGGCCACUUGUGAUUGAUGGCACAACACUACAGUGAUUAUAAUAACAUAAGCUUCAUCUCACUGAUGACAUUGUUAGGCAACAUACUGCCAUUGCUUACUGUUAACCUCUUUUAUUUUAUUUUUUUUUACAUUGAUAAAGAAAAUUAGAUUAACCUAAAAAAUACAAGAUCUUACUUACUUUAUAUAGAGUUAUGGUGUACAUAAAUGUACAUGAUAUUUAAAAAUUUAUUGUAUAUUUUUAAAGCAAUAAUUUGUUUGCAGUAACUCUCAAUAUGACACUACAGUACAAUAUUCAGAUUGACUGAGAUUGUACCUGAAUACGAACUUGACUAUAUUAAAUUAGAUUAUAAAGCAAUUUCAAAGGUCAUGCACUGUACAUCAGAUCAUAUUGUUGAAGAUGUUCUGUACUGUACCCAUAUUUAUAGUACACCUUCCAAGUACUACAUGAACCAAGCUAGACAUGAUGGAGGCAUUAAAUGCUUCAUGCAUUUAGACUUUUCUUAGUUUAUAUUACAGUACAAUAAUAUGCUGUAUGUUUAAUGAUUAAAGAUAAUGUGUGAAAUAUCAAAAUUAUCAUUGCACGUGGUACAACAGUGUACCAGGUCAAACUAUGUACAAAAAUGAUAACACAAGAAUAACUCACCUGCCAGGUACCAGACCUCGCCAUGGUGUAGCAUUACAUGUGGUCACUAGUACUACAUAUGCAAGAGUAAUACAGUACUUAUGGUCCCUAGUACUAGACCUACAAAUGUCCAGCAGUACUGUACUUGGGACCUUACCUAUGUGUCACUAUCUUAGCCAGGUGGGUGAGUGGUGAAGCAGGUGAAGUGUUGUUACAGUGAUAUAUAAUAAUGUGUAUUGGUGUUGGGAACUGUAGAUAGUUAUUUUCGUACUAUAUUGCAUAACUUCAUUCAUGUUGCAUAACUGUUCAUUCAUGUUGCAUUAUAAUUUUAUAUGCUUGGUAAAUUCAGUAUUCCUGAUAAAAACAUUCCUUACCUAUUAUAUUGAACAACUGUAUCCCAAUAUUUUAUGUCAGGAUUGCUAAUUUAUCCAGUCUAAUAUUAUAACUGUACAGUACUUAUAUGCACAAAAGUACAUGUCUUGUAAUAAUGUCUAUGAUAUGCAAAUGCAGGUUGUGCCUAAUAAUAGCCUAUUAAAAAUUGCAUAAACAUAUCAGAAAUAUAAAAAGGUGUUAUAGGAAUUUGUAAUAGUGAAACAAUCAGCCAAACCUAUUGUCAGUAUGUCAUAUUGCAAAACAGUUAAUUGCAACUGAGCAGAGUGAGCAAUUUCUCAAUGGGCUCAAAAGCAGGGUUCAAACUCUAAAUGGUUUAUACAAUGGAUAUCCCUUGUAACUUACGGUAAUAUGUAAAAAUACACUUAACUGGUUGACUUAAAGAAAAAAAUUAACAUAGCUAGAUCAAUAGAUUUUAUUCAGUAAAAUCGUAACACAAGUUUACAUUGACUCAGCAUGUAUAUAGACAAUGCCGGUACAGUAUGCAGUUCAGCAUGUGUAUACACAAUGCAGGUACCUGUACUGUAUACAGUUCAGCAUGUAAUGUACAGUACCUGUACAUGCUUUACUAGAUACAGUACAGUAUAUUAAUCAGAUACAAAAUUAAAAUAAAGAAUUACAGCAAUAUUUUCUACCUUAAUUAUGCCCCUAACUGAUAAAGAAGAGAGCGUAUCUUGUUAAGGUAGUUUCAGUAUACAUGUUACUGUACUGUAAUUCUGAUAGUGUUUUCAGAGGAAAAAAAAGAUGCAAAUUUGCAUUUUUAACUUUUGUUUCCAAAUUACAGUACAGUAGAUGUAUUCUUAUCCCUUCAGUUAUAGGAAAUGUUCGUCGUUAAAGCCAUUAAGAAUCUUGGCCCAAGAAGACAGUUGUUACUCAGAUUGUUAAAUACUGUAUAUGUCACAUUUUUGCUAUAACCUCCUUCAGGGAGGACCUCUUCAGAGCCACAUUUCUUGCCCCAGCUGUGCUUGAGAAUAAAUGCUUUGGGAACAAA